ACUUGUACAGAGGCACAGUCACCAUUCUGAUAAGAAAUAAAAACCCACAAAUUAAAAGCAGACAGCCAAAACUGUUUAGCCCUUUUCAUGUUUAACAAAUUUUAUAAUUUAAAUUGUUCUAAAUUGGUGACAUGACUUCGUCUUUCAAAGAAAUUAUUCUCAUCGCCAUCGGCAGCUUGAUUCUAGUGGAGACGACUGCAAGUUCCAAAGUGCAUUGCAAUCCAAAUAUUUUGAGACAAGAUGAACGUUUGAAUUGCAUCUUUAAACAAGACUGGGCUUUUAAUGAUCCAGGUGAUUUAGGGAAAUGCACAUGUUCCGGACGACCAUGCAUGACAUUAUCACAUGCAAGCGUCAAAUGCAACUCGAAUGCUAACUGGUCUUUGGUAAAUGAUAAUCCAACCGCAAAUGCUUGGGGAGUUGGAUGCAAGGAUGAGAAUAGCUGUCCUCGGUGUUUGAUUCCUCAAGCUGAUUUUUCCAAAUGUUACAUGAGCAGUACAUUUGCAAGUGUAUUUGUUUGUAUUUGCAGACACGACCAACAAGAAUACAACGUGUGGUGCCGACACAAUGGAUCACUUGAUAUAAGGAAUCCCAGAGACCGUACAAAAUGUGAAAAACCGAAUUUUGCUAUGGAUGGGGCAACAGAACUAACAAACAUUUCACCCUUCGGUGCAACUCAGCAACCCCGAAAGACGACUGAAUCAAAAAAUAAAAUCAAUUCUGAGAAAGAAUGGUUCGAGGAGACGAUCUUCAUUACAAUAGUUUCUAUAAUAGCGUUGAUUGCAAUAAGUGCGAUCAUCGUCGCUAUUCUUGUAAUAAUCAAACGAAGACGGACUUCCCGACCUGUUAUAUUGUAGUUAUUUUUGUCACUAAAUCCAAUCCAGGGAAAUCCGCGGACAAAUAGUGAGCAAACCAAUAUUUAAAAAAAUUGUGCAUGUUUGCAGCCUGAUUUGGACAUCUGCAAUUGAAAAUUCAUAACUUGAAAUUUAUUUCACUCUUUUUGAAUAAAUAUUUGUUUUGCUAAC